AUGGGCGGAUGUUUGUCGACGACUGGAUAUACCCUAGUGGUCACAGAGGCUGAUGUGGCUUUGCAUAAGGAGGCGGAGAAGCUCCUCAAGGAGACGAAGGCAAGACUUGCUUCACAAACGAAGGUGCUAUUACUGGGUUCCGGUGACUCCGGAAAGUCGACCGUGCUCAAGCAAAUGCGCCUGAUCCAUAGCGUGCCAUUCACACCGCAAGAGAUUGAGACAUACCGCCAGCUCAUAUUCAUGAACUUGACAAAUGGCAUGGGAGCGGUCUUGGAGGCUAUGAUAGACAUGCAUUUGACGGUGUCUGAGGACAAUCUGCCGCAUUCUGAGUUGAUACUCAAAGCGAUGGAUGAGGGGACGGAUAUUAGAGAGGGGCAACCCUAUCCGCAGGAGUACCUUCACCCGCUGGAGGACCUGUGGAAAGAUGAGAUGGUGCAGCACGCGGUAGCUCGAGGAAACGAAGCGGCAAUACCAGAGAAUCUGUCGUAUUUCUUUCCGUCGUUGCAGCGUCUGUUUGCAGCGGACUACAAGCCGACGGAGCAAGACAUUAUAUAUUGUCGCGCGCGUACGACGGGGAUAUUGGAGACGGUGUUUAAGGUGAAGGAUCAGAGGGGCUCGGAGACAGAAUUGUUGAUGGUAGACGUGGGCGGGCAGAAGAGCGAGCGGAGGAAAUGGAUACAUUGCUUCCAGGAUGUGACGUGUAUAUUGUUCUUGGUGAACUUGAGCGGGUACGAUCAGUGCAUAGUGGAAGAUAAGACUGCCAACCAAAUGCAAGACUCAAUGACAAUAUGGGACUCAAUAUGUAAUUCUCAAUGGUUCAAACGCACGUCUAUCGUACUUUUCUUGAACAAGAACGAUUUGUUUGAGAAGAAGAUACAUAAUUCUGACAUACGGAAACAUUUCGCUGAAUACUCAGGGGAGACGGAUCCCGCAGUAGGGCGGAAAUUCUUCCAGAAACGAUUCUGGGAUCUUGCACAUCGGAGUGGGACAAAGGAUCGGGAGGUAUUUGUGCAUGUAACGACAGCUACGAACACGAGGGCGAUAAAAAUUGUGAUGAGAGCCGUAGAAGGUAAGUUUGACCACAUGUCUCGCCUGCUCCACGAUGGCUAA